AUGAAUGGGUUUGGAGAUCCUCUGCAACUGCAAACCCAAGAAAAAACAGUUUUUUUAGACUGCAAAGGAUCCAUGCCCCGGUUGGGUUUGUGGUCCAAAAUUAUCAAGUUGAAGAUGUGGUCUAUAGUAGACUUGAUUACACCACCCUUGUGUAGAAGGAAAAUGUUCUCUCUCGGGGAAAAGGGUUGGAAGUUUCAACAAGUGCAUUGGGAGGCAAAAUCGGAAAUAUCACCACUAACAGCAGAUAGUGGUCCAGCUCAAGUGACUCAGCAAAAGCUGUUUUGUUGUGGUUAUUGGAGUGACCACUUACCUCAGUAUGUGGCUCUUGAUAAAUGCAAAAAGAAACUGGAUCCAUUGGAAGGGAAGAGGAAAUUUCUGGCAGGAGGAUACCUCGAUGACAUUUCAUUUGAUGAAAUGGUUCCAAGUUACUUGAAGCUAAACCACAUAGCUUAA